AUGAAUUCUUCAAGUUCACUCCAUCUAUCACAACAAGAUUCCAAUAACGAUGAAUUAAACCACGUACAACAAGUUACCUUAUACAAAGAUCUAUGUCAAUUCGAGGAAGAUUUGCAGAAGUUAGUUGUUUCUGUUGACAAGUUCAGUCCUGAUCUUCAGGCCGCACAAGAUUUGAUAAAUUCUGAUCUAAAGCUUUACUCGACUUUAGAACAGUUACCGCUUUAUGAUUCGAUAGAUAUACAGCUGAAACAACUGGAUAAUGAAUCGCAAGAGAUAGAUGAGCGCACAGGGAAAAUACUUAGUAUAUUAGAUAAAUGUUAUAAUAAUCUGAACAAAUUGCCUAUGGUUGAGCAGGUGGAAUUUGAGAUGAAGAUGAUGAAGAAGCAAAAGGAAAAGAUAAAAUCAGGUGUUCUGUUGGAAUAUGCAAUGAAACUGGCCAAGUUUACACGAGUGCCUCCUACUUUCAAUAAGGAUGCUAUUGGACCCAAUAACUUUAUUUGGCCGGCGGAAGAUGCUAUUAGAAGGGGCAUGUUAGCUAUGGCAUCUUUGAAAAGUGAAGAAUUAACGAGGAUACCGGUUGAAUUAAAUUCUGAAGAACCGCAAGAGCCACCCCAAAAGGGACAAAGCCAAGAGGAGGAUGAAGUUACUCCAACUCAUAGUAGUGAUACACCAAGUUCCAAGCCGGAUUCUAAGAGCGAGAGUUUUGAAUUUACAGGGAAAGCCAAAAACCAGCAAUCUACUCAAUACUCGGAAACUGGCGCACAUGAAGAAGCUGAUGGGUCCAUUGAUUUGGACCUUGAUCUAUUUAAUCCUGAUGAAUUUUAG